AUGGAGGAUCCCUGGAGCAAUUUCUUCCUGAGCCUUCUGGAUUAUAAAACAGAGAAGUUUGUGCUAACCAGGAACAAAAAGGUCGGAGUGUUGCACCGCUUGAUCCAGCUGGGGAUCUUGGGCUAUAUCCUUGGGUGGGUGUUUCUAGCCAAAAAGGGCUACCAGGAGAAAGAUUCAGACCCUCACAUCUCUGUGAUCACCAAACUGAAAGGGAUUUCAGUCACGCACAUCAAGGAGCUCGGGGACCGGCUGUGGGAUGUGGCGGAUUAUGUGAAACCUCCUCAGGGAGAAAAUGUAUUCUUUGUGGUUACCAAUCUCAUAGCUACACCAAAACAAGUACAAGGAUCCUGUCCAGAGCAUCCUUCUGUUCCUGAUGGAAGUUGCAGAGGGAAUUCAGACUGUGUUGCAGGACAGCCAGUGGUCCAUGGAAAUGGGAUAAAAACAGGGAGGUGUGUCAGUUUUAACAACUCCCACAGCACUUGUGAGAUCUACGGGUGGUGCCCAGUGGAAAACCAGACCUUACCCCGGCAACCACUCUUGGCUGAAGUGGAGAAUUUUACCCUCUUUAUUAAAAACCAUGUCAACUUUACUAAGUUCAAUUUCUCCAGGACUAACACAUUAAAGACCGCUGAUGACUCCUACUUCAAGGGAUGCAGAUAUGAUGCCCACUUUAGCCCUUAUUGCCCAGUCUUCCGUAUUCAUGACAUGAUCAAGGCCGCUGGAGAGAGUUUUGCGGAUCUCGCCCUCUUGGGGGGAGCCAUUGGCCUGCGCAUUGACUGGAACUGUGACUUGGAUCAGCCUCCCUCGGAAUGCAGACCUCGCUAUUCCUUCAGCCUACUGAAUAAGAAAUACAAUUUCAGAACGGCCUUCUAUUAUCAGGACCCACUAAAGCAGCACUACAGGAGCCUGCUGAAACUCUACGGCAUCCGCUUUGACAUUUCUGUCCACGGACAGGCUGGGAAGUUUAGCAUUGUGCCCACAGCUGUCAACUUGGGAACAGGGGCUGCCUUUCUUGGUGCUGCCUCUGUUGUUUGCGACCUGGUUCUCCUGUACCUCGAUACGAAAGCGGAGUUCUAUUGGAGCGAGAAGUAUGAGGAGGCAAAGCCUCCAAAAGACACAGUUAAUGCAGCUCCAUAGCAUGACAGACUGGAGAGGGCAGAC